UUCAUUUUAGUGGUUACAAUUCAAUUUAUUUAAAUUUUAAAAUUGCAUAUAUGUCAAAUAUGAUGAGUUAAAUUUCAUCUUCACUUCUUCUGUUUGUGAAGAAUUGAUACUAUUGACAUUUGAAGUGUAGCGCGAGCUAAUGCAGAACCGUUACAUUUUUAACAAUUUCUUUUGUUUUUUAACGCUAUUUUUCCAAACUUUUGCAAAAAGCAAAGAGAAUUCAAAAAGUUCACGACAGCAUUGAUCAGUCUUGAAUUGCAUUCUUAAUUGUCCAACGCAAAUUAAUUUAACUAAAAAAUAAAAAUGAAAACUACACGCGAUAUGUUAAUCGAGUCGUUACAAGAAUUAUACUCCAGGCAAGGGGUAUCUCUUGUAAAACUAAAACGACAUAUUGCUGAAAAAUAUGAGAUCACGCUGUCUCCAAUUAGAAUAACACUGAUUAAAAAAUUUGUAAAAGCGUGGAUAACUACUGGACAAGUAGUAAAUGUUACGGGCCGAGGUUUAGUGGGUAAAUUUAAAUUGAAGAAGAAAAAUUUCGUACCAAUAGACAGUACAGUUACCCAAAAUACGACGCGUUCCUCGGGCUUGUCACGUGAGCCAAAUCAUUCCAGCACACCAAUAAGUGUGAAUGCUCCGCCGGCUGUACCAUUGGCACCUGGUCCGAGCAAAAGGCGUUUAUUUACAAAUAUAGUUCAUGCUACUGAUACUGAUACGCCUACAACUUCAAUAGAACGUGCUCGGCAGCAUAACAGUGAUGAAUGGUUUGUGUCUAUUAACGCUGCCACGCAAACUAGAAAUUCUGAACUAGAUGCGAGUGAAAUUCUUACGCCAAUUCCUACAACAUUACCACAAGCACCAGCACCAGCACCAGCACCAGCACCAUCAGUUCACCCAAUGUUGACCAGAAGUUCUAGAAAACGCAAGUAAGCUUUUGGUAGCAAUUAAGUUUA